AUGCUCGCUACCUGUCUCCCGCAGAUUUCUAUCUCCCCCGCCCCGCCCCUCGAACCAGAGGCAGAACCGUAUUCUCCCUUCGCAAAGUCCUCAUUCGCCGCGAACGAUAGCGACGGCUUCAGGCCUAGCCAUCUCACUCCGCCGCCAACAGGCUCGCCUCGUUUCGUCCAUCAAUCCUCGCCAUUGCGCCCCGCCGAUGCUCCUCAGAACAAGGGUCUUGAUACCAACAGAUUCGAGGCGCUAUUGCAGGCAACACGGGAAAGAAACCAGGCGAAGAGGGAGAGCGAUUUGCGUAAAGAGGUAGCAUUGAAGGCGCACAAGCACAAGCAAGUUGAGCGUCGUGCCUUGUUCCUUUCUAAGGUCAUGGCGCCGCCUUCUCCCACUGCGACCGCCAUGCCCAAGACCCCUCCCGAAUCGCCUGCCAUUUUCCACUGCUCCCUACCUUCACCAGGCUUGGUCUCACCUCUGGCCUUUUUCGAGAAUUUGGGCUCCAGCCCUAGCAGCGGUAUAUCUUCGCAGGAGUCCUGGGUCGAACAAGUGGAUUUCCGCGUACGCGCUGGCGUCGUUGAACCCAAGCGUCCCAAGGAGCCAUCCCAAUACAACCACUUGCCCUCCCUGGACCAAAUCUCUGCUCGCAUGCGUUACCAGAAACACGUUCGCAGCACUAGCAUAGAGUCCGACCAUUCCAGCCGUCUCCCGCUUUUCCUCAACCAGUCCCGCCCUCAACCUGCCAGCGCCCCUGAACGGCCAAGACUCGUAGUCGGCGUGGGCAGGUUACAGAUGCCGCUGCGGGCUCCUCAGCCUGCUAAGGCCACUCCAGCUCCCAUAAUUCCGCCGGUCUCACCCUGUUCGCCUCUAACUCCAAAUUUGGAGGUAACAACCCUCGUCGUCCCACGUUCAGCCACAACAUCACCAAUCCAAUUGUCCAAAACCAACUUGCUUGCUUUGGACUCUCGAUCUCGAAGAUCUUCCGACAUGAUCUCCACUCUCAGACGCCGCACGCGCCCCUCUGAGUACGGGCAUACUGGUCAUGAUGAGGAAGACUCGCUGAAGAACAAGCAUUGGAAGAGACGUAGCGCUCCCGCUGAACUCCAAACGGCUGAGCGAGCUGGAUUUGAGCACUACAUCCUCUCGCUUCCUGGUGCUUUCUGA